AUGAAUAAAAGAUGCAGUGAUGAGAAAGACGCGGAUGCUAAUAGUGCGAAGUAUAUACGCAAGUUGGUAACUGGUUUUAACAUUGAGAGGGUAUUCCAGAAGCUGUACACAGACAACAAGUUUAGGGAAGUGCAAAUACAAUGUGAGAAGCUUUUAUAUUGUGUUGUGAAGGAGACCAAAGAAAUAUCCAAGACGAAGUUUGAAUAUGUGCUGGAGGAUAGGGUUUGGAUAAUUAAAAAAGGUCAGAGUGAAGAAAUAUUGACUAAUCAUCGGAGGUUCAAUGUAGUUAAAUUUUGUGCCGAGGCAAAGGAAGUCACAUGUAUGUGUAAGAUGUUUAAAACGAGGGGUAUUCUAUGCAGGCAUUGUAUACGCAUACUGGAUCAAAACUUUGUAGUUGAUGAUCCUGAGAAAUACAUCCUUCUUAGAUUGAGAAAAGAUGUUUACAGGAAGCACAUGCAUGUGAUCGUUUCUUUCUAUGAUCCUACAAAGACAGAGGUGCUGAAAAGAUUUGAUACGAUGAUGAACUUAUUUGAGCCUAUUUGUGAGGAAGCGACUUUCAACGAUGAGACUCUCCAGUUUGUAGUAAAGGAAUUACAAAGUAUUGAAAUAGGCGUUAGGGAAAGGGUUUGGUUAGCUAAAGAAAAACAACAGUUUAUUCCCUUAGAAUCCCGCGCUUCUGAUGAGGCUUCCCAACAAAGUUGUACCACACAGGUGAAGAUUAAGAACCCUAUUAGCAGGAGCAAGAAGAAAAGGGGCAGGCCUUUCACCAUAAGACACAAGGCUGUGGGUGAGAAUAACAUAUGGCCGCAAAAAUCGAAGGCAAAAAAUAAGGUCACGGAGGAGUCAUCGGAAUCGGAUGAUGAGGUCGUUGAAGGGCUGUCAACUGCUGCGACAGAAUGGGUUGGAAAGUUACAGGUGAUAAGUAAGCUGAAACAAAAAUCCAUGAAAAUGCUGGGGCUUUCACAAAAUACUCCGAGUAUAGGAGUUGUUCCCGAUGAUGAUAUAUUGUUAUCCCGAAAUAGCCUUGGAUGGAAAGACCAAACUAACGAGUUGUAG